AUGUCCUCCAACACGUUGUCAGAGAAGGAGGCGCGAGAGAUGAAAGCGAAGCUCGAAAAGGACGGGGUAGACGUGAACACCGUUCGAGAUAUCUUGACUCUCCUCAUGGACAAGGAGGUGCCCGUCCAGGUCUUGAUCGAGACCAAGAUCGGAGUGACGGUGAAGAGCAAGCGAAGCGACGACGACAGGAAGGUUGCGAAGCUUGCCUCGGAGCUCACCUCCAAGUGGAAAGAAGUCGUCGCUCGUUCCCGCCAGCCCGGCAGCAGCGCUGCUGGCCAGGAGAAGCCCAACAAGUCAGCUGCGGGCGAAGGCUCCAACGGGAAGGAGAAGGUGAAGAGCGAGGACAAGGUCACCAAGAAGCCUGCGGAGCCCGUGGACGGCAAGAGGCUCAAGGUACGAGAGCUCUUCGAGAAGGCCUUCGCGGACUGGAAGGGAGAGUCCGACGUGGACAGGAAGGACCUGUCGGCGCGCAUUGAGUCGGCGAUGUACGAGCACUUUGGAGGAGCGAACGAGCAGUACCUCAACCAUGCCAAGUCCGUCAAGUUCAACUUGUCGGAUCCCAAGAACCCGGACUUCCGCUCUAAGGUCAUUUUCGGGGACAUCGAUGCGGAGGAGAUUCCCAAGCUCAGCAGCGGCCAGAUGGCUGGGAAGGACAAGAUUGAGCAGAAGAAGGCCAACAAGGAGGACAAGAUCUUCCAAGACAAGAUGUUCAUCACUGCUGGGAACCUCGGAGCUGAGUCGGACAUGUUUCAGUGCCGCAAGUGCAAACAAAAGAGGACCACCUUCUAUCAGAAGCAAACUCGAUCUGCAGAUGAGCCCAUGACGGCUGAGCUGCCGCUGCUGCAGGUUUUCAUCACGUGCAAGAACUGCGGGCACGAGUGGCGAGACGGCGGCUGA